AUGUCGGUAGUCGGAAUAGAUCUGGGCAGCCAGUCUACCAAGAUUGGCGUAGCUCGAAACAAGGGCAUUGACAUCAUUACCAACGAAACCUCAAAUCGACAGACACCAUCACUUGUCGGAUUCGGUCCAAAGAGCCGAUACCUUGGCGAGAACGCGAAGACACAGGAAAUCUCGAACCUGAAGAACACCGUCAGCUCUCUGAAACGUCUAGCUGGUCGAAAGUUGGAUGACCCAGAAGUCACGAUCGAGCAGGAGUACAUUUCCGCGCCUCUCGUGGACAUUAAUGGCCAAGUGGGUGCGGAGGUCACUUACAGGGGCGAGAAGCAGAGAUAUACCGCUACUCAACUGAUUGCGAUGUACUUGGGCAAGAUUCGGGAUACCGCAAGCAAAGAGCUGAAACUGCCAGUAUCAGAUGUGGUCCUGAGCUGCCCGCCCUGGUUCACUGAUUCGCAGAGACGAGCCAUGCUCGACGCUGCACAGAUAGCGAACCUCAAGCUGUUGCGACUGAUUAACGACAACACAGCCAUUGCGCUUGGCUAUGGUAUCACGAAAACCGACCUUCCAGAAGGCGAAGCUAAACCGAGACGAGUCGCCUUCAUUGAUAUCGGCUACAGCGAUUACACCUGCUCAAUAGUGGAAUUCCGAAAGGGAGAGCUAGCUGUCAAGGCUACAAGUUGGGACAGACAUUUCGGUGGCAGAAAUUUCGACAAGGCUCUUGUAGACCACUUUGGUAAGGAGUUCAAAGAGAAGUUCAAGGUCGACAUCAACACAAACGGAAAGGCCAAACUGCGAGUCAUGGCUGCAGUCGAGAAGCUCAAGAAGAUCCUGUCUGCAAACUCUUCUGCACCACUCAACAUCGAAUCCUUGAUGGAUGACAAAGAUGUGCGCGCUGUCUUGAAGCGAGAAGAACUAGAAGAAUUAGUCAAACCACUUCUGGAGCGUGUCACCGUGCCCCUUGAACAAGCACUUGCAGAGGCGAAGCUGAAACCUGAAGACCUCGACGCGAUUGAGAUGGUUGGCGGCUGCACUCGUGUGCCUGCUAUCAAAGACGCCAUUGCCAAAUUUUACGGUCGACCACUUUCAUUCACUCUCAACCAGGAUGAAGCAAUCGCACGUGGUUGCGCAUUCAGCUGUGCUAUUUUGUCUCCUGUCUUCCGUGUUCGAGACUUCUCUAUUCACGACAUUGUCUCAUACCCCAUUGAAUUUACCUGGGAACAAUCACCUGAGAUCCCAGACGAAGACACCAGUCUGACAGUUUUCAAUAAGGGUGGUAUUAUGCCAUCGACCAAGAUCCUCACCUUCUAUCGUAAACAGGCAUUCGACCUUGAGGCACGAUAUGCCAAACCAGAGAUGCUUCCAGGAAAGACCAACCCAUGGAUUGGUCGCUUCUCGGUCAAGGGUGUCAAGGCUGAUGCUCAGGACGAUUUCAUGAUCUGCAAGCUGAAGGCUCGCCUCAACCUUCACGGUAUCCUGAAUGUCGAAUCAGGUUACUACGUCGAGGAUGUGGAGGUCGAGGAACCAAUACCCGAGGUCAAGGAGGGCGACAAGAUGGAAACGGAUCAGCCGAACGGAGAUGCAGAGGCAAAGCCAAAAACACGCAAGGUCAAGAAGCAGCAGCGCAAGGGCGAGUUACCGGUGUCAGCUGGCACGUCCUCGUUGGACGAGCCGACCCUCUCCGGUCUUUCUGAGCAGGAGAACCAGAUGUACAUGGAAGAUAAGCUAGUUGCUGACACCGAGGACAAGAAGAACGAGCUCGAGGCGUACAUAUACGAGCUGAGAGGUGCCAUUGACGACAAGUACUCUGACUUUGCCAGCGAAGAGGAGAAGGAGAAAAUUAAAGACAAGCUCGAGAAGACAGAGGACUGGCUUUACGAGGACGGUGAAGAUGCCACCAAAGCACAAUACAUCGCAAAGAUGGACGAGAUCAGAUUCGUUGCAGGUCCAGUCGUGGGACGUUACAACGAGAAACAGGAAGAGGAGCGUCAAGCCAGGCGUCAGGCCGAAGAAGAGGCUGCAGCAAAGAAACGAGCUGAGGCUGAAGCCAAGAGAAAGGCCGAGGAGGAAGCAAAGAAAGCUGCGGAACCUGCCAAGAAGUCUGAAGACAGUGAGAUGAAAGACGCAGACACGGUAAAGGGUGAGGUUGAGGAGGCCAAAUGA